GUGUUUGUCUCCUUCAUAGCGGGCGGUCAGUCAAGUUAGUGUGAAGUCGCGAAAAGUUGUCAACCGAGAAAAGCGCAGAGAAACUCCUCCCGUCUUCAAAUUAUGAGCAAUCAGCAGCAGGGGGAAAUGGCCGCUGUGGGGAGCGGUGGAGGCUUCAGUCAAAAGCGAAACACAAACUCUCAAGACUCACAGCAACCAUCUCCUCUGGCCUUGUUGGCAGCCACAUGCAGUCGAAUUGACACCCCAGGAGAGAAUGAUUCGCCCACAGACCAGCAACAACAGAACCAGCAGCAACAGCUGGACCUAAACCAGGGUGUUUUCACCUCCGGUGCCAACGGCUGGCAGGUUGUCCCUCUCAGCGUGCAAGCAUCCUCAGGCACCAACACGGUCACUGACACUUCAGUAGUUAUGACAGAUUGUAAGAGCAGACAGGUGCUGUCGCCAUCAGUGGCUGCUGUAAGCACUCAGGGACAGCAGCAGCAGCAGCCACAGCAAUAUGUACUUGCGCAGGCUCCAUCAAUGCAGGGUCAGCAGGUGCUCACCACCAUAUCUGGUAUGAUGCCCAACAUCCAGUACCAAGUUAUUCCCCAGUUUCAGACUGCAGAUGGCCAGGCCCUGCAGUUCGCACACACUCAGCAGGACUCAGCAGUAUCUGCUGCAGCUGGACAUGGGCAACAGUUUCAGAUAGUGUCCUCUCCCAAUGGCCAGCAGAUCAUAACCACAUCCAACAGAGCUGGUGCAGCAGGAAACAUUAUAACAAUGCCCAGCCUCCUACAGGGAGCCAUCCCCAUACAAAAUAUUAGCUUAGGUAAUGGCGUGUUACAAAACCAGCCCCAGUUUCUGGCAAAUAUGCCUGUGUCACUGAAUGGAAACAUCACUUUGUUACCUGUCAGUACUGGAGCGAGUGGUACAGGGGUAGAUGCUAAUGGUGGGGGGGAUACAGGGGGAAGCCAGCUUAUACAACAGCAGUCGCAACAGCCUGUGUCUUCCAACAGUGGUGCCAGUUACAUGACAAGUGCACCUACUGUCACCUCGUCUUAUGGAAUGACUCAAACACAGAACAGCAAUGGAGCAGUGACAGGGACGUACCAGCAUAACACGGCAUCUUCUCUGGGUGUCCCGAUACAACCAGACAACAGAGAUGGGCAGCAGCCUCAGCAGAUCCUUCUCCAGCCUCAGCAUCUUAUCCAAGGUGGAACCCCCCUCCAGACCAUCCAGGCUGGUGCUAUCACGACAGCAGGCGGUCAGGUAUUUGCGGCUCCAACGCUCAGCCAAGAAGGGCUUCAAAAUCUUCAAAUUAUGCCAAACACAGGCCCCAUCCUCCUGCGCACCGUGGGCCCAAACGGCCAGGUGAGCUGGCAGACCAUUCAGAUCCAGAGUCCGGCAGGAGCGCAGAUCACACUGGCUCCAAUGCAGUCUCUCCCUCAACUUGGUCACACUCAGGCAGCUGGUGCAGCUGGAGGAGUGUCCGUCAACACAGUGCAGAUCCCAGGCAUCCAGACCAUAAAUCUCAACACACUCGCCGGCUCUGGGCUGCAGAUGCACCAGCUGCAGGGUGUUCCCAUCACCAUCGCCAGCACAGCAGGAGAACAGGCGUUACAGGCAGGUGGAGACAGUUUGGAUGAUAGCACAGCUAUGGAUGAUGAGGAUAUAAGCCCGCCACCUCAAGGAAGACGUAACAGAAGAGAAGCCUGUACCUGCCCCUUCUGCAAGGAUGGAGAAGGACGCAGCGACCCAACUAAAAAGAAGCAGCACAUUUGUCACAUCAGUGGCUGCGGGAAGAUCUACGGCAAGACGUCCCAUCUGAGGGCCCACCUCCGCUGGCACACAGGAGAACGUCCAUUCGUCUGCAGCUGGUCUUUCUGCGGCAAACGUUUCACACGUUCAGAUGAGCUUCAGCGUCACAAGAGAACGCACACGGGUGAGAAAAAGUUUGUUUGCACGGAGUGUCCCAAACGCUUCAUGCGCAGCGAUCACCUCUCAAAGCACAUCAAGACCCAUCUGAACAAGAAAGCAGUCGUCGCCACCACCAGCAACACCUCGGUCUCGGCAGACGCCGCUUCCCCUGCAGCGGGAACAGAAGCUGGCACCGGAGCAGUGUCGGCAAAUGACCAGCACACCAUUGUCACCAUGGAAACCUUAUCUGCGGAGAGCAUAGCUCGGUUGGCCAGCAGCGGGAUCAACAUGAUGCAGGUGGACCUCCACCAGAUUAAUGGCAACAGCUUCUAAUCACGGUGGGGGAGCAGGACGAUGGCCUCAAUGAUGAUGCUUUCAGACACUUGGGGUUGAAAAGGGCACAUCUGACUGUUCAUGCAAAUCCUUUCAAAGGCUUCAGAUGCAACACAACAGACACUAUUUAAAAACUGAGGCAGGAAUACGUAUUUCCAUCAUGUGGUUAGAUACCUGUCGCAUUUAAGGGUCAGAGGUUGAUGAGAUGAAUUGAAAUGUUAGCACUACACUAACAUUUGUCCCCUGCAAAGACCCAAUCCAACUCGAUCGUGGGAUUGGAAUAAAACAAGCCACACCCUCACACUUGUGUCCUGGGCUGUGAGAUUCACCACUUGUCUCUCUUCAGGUGUUUACUGCGCUCUCAAACUGAGCUGCUACACCUCAGGCAGAUUGUCCCUAAUCAGCCCAUAAUGCUUAAUGUUUCCCUUCCCCUUAAAACAGAAGUUUUAAUGAUCUAGAGCAGCGAAUAUUUGCCUGUCGGACUUCUGUUUUUUGGGAGAGCUGGAUGUGUUCACAAACCAGCCACCCCAGUACCAUAGGAAUAAUAUGCCAAGUGUUUUAGGGUGGAUUGUUGAGAAGAAGAUGGGAACACGUGGUCAGGACCAGGUCAGAGCCAGAAGCACUAAUGAGUGUGAGGAUGUGGAUGUGUCAGGGCACUGAAAUCCUGAGUAACUCUUAAACCUCUUGUGUAGGUACACAAAUUUAAGCCAUCAUGCUUUGAUAUGUUUAUCAUUGCAAAAACAUUUGGAUUUUUUUUAUGUGUACAUAUAUAUAAAUAUAUAAUUUUUUUGUUUUUGGUAAUAUAAAGGCUGCAGAACUCAUUAGCAUAGGUGGGAUCAUCUUACAUGAUUGCAAGAGAAUGCCUUUCAGUUGUAUGAACCUCAUGCACAAUCAAUCUUAAUCUUAUGUUAUUACUUUUAUAUAUAUAUAUUUGUGUAGAUGAAAUGUGUAAACUUGAGAGCCUUUCUGUCAUAGAAUGAUGUGUUCUAUACAGUCCAGAUCUUCCCAGUUCUCUUUUUUUCUGUGGUCUACUCAUCAUCUGACACGUCAGUUUGUUUUCCUUUCUGUGAAUAACCAUUUCUUGUUUAGGGAUUUCUGGUCAUAGUUAAUUAUUUGGUAGUUAUGUCCAGACAGCAUAAACAUUGUUAAGCUCAAAACCAAAGGUUCAUAUGCGUUUUAUAAAAGGAAAAACUAGGAAAUCUUUCUUUAGUCCACAAACGUUCUAAUAAUUUUUACUCUUGGUAUGCAUGUUGAAGUUGUGGAACUGGAAAAGAUCCAGCUUGAGGCAAACCUCGGACACACAUCCCUUUUGUUGUUGUUCAAAUAAAUAAGUUGCAAAAUAUAUUAAGUUGACCAAUUGGUUGCAUCAUCUUUUCCAUUUCUUGCUUCAAGAUUCUGCUUGAUUUGACUUAACAAAUGUGUAACUUUUCUAGACUGUUUAAAACUAUCCCUUGAAAUCAACUAUGUUCAUCAGACAAGUGCUCUUACUUCUUUUGUUGCCCCGUUUUAAAUAAGGGAUUUUAUAUUGUGUGUAUACAACUACUGCAAAUGCCUGCUGGAUUAAAACUAUGAAUUUA